AUGCACGACUGGAAUAGCUCGCGCGUCGUUCUCCUGAUCGCCUUGUUUGCCGUCCGCCUGGUCGCCUUUAUCGCAACGGAGGCCAAAAGCGCCGUUCAAUCUGGCACCGCCACGCUUCUGCUUUUCAUCUCCCUCGUGAUUGCGAGCACUCUAUCCGGCCAACUCGUCAGCCGUAUCGGCUAUUGCCCGGCCUUCACUAUCUUAUCUUCCGUCUUGAUCCCCGUUGGUGGAGGGCUUCUUUCCGGCACCAGGAGUUAUGUCGGGUUCCAGAUCAUCCUCGGCUUCGGCAUCGGUGUGAGCCUGCGGCAUGGCCCCAUCGCCGUGCAGACGGAGCUCCAGCGGAAGCAUAGCACGAAGGCGUUCUCGCUCAUCUUCUUCUUCCAGCAACUAGGAGGCGCCAUCUUUGCGUCUAUCGGUCAGAUUAUGCUCAACAACAAGUUCAUAGAGCGUCUCACCAGCGCCGUCCAGGAUCUAGAUCUAUAA